GAUGGGGUGAACAGAGAGAAGGGAGAAGCACAUGAUUUGGAUGUGAGUGACUCAACAACACUCAUGUGUGGCCUGAAGACGUCGGGCCGUUGACUAGUCUAAGGCUCCGACCUUUCCUGAGUCAUCCCCCCCCGGAACGGUCAACAGAUCCUCGUAUUUCUCCUUCCGACUGACCUGCACAAGUCAUCGCUAUUGAUCAUUUUGUAGCACGACGCGUUUGUAAUGCGCAUAGAAAUGUAGCUACUCUCGAGGAAUUAGUCCUAUACCGUUAUCUAGCCGAGUUGUGUUUUGCGCUCAUUACAUUUUUAUGACAAAGUAACUUUUAACUUCGUCUGUGGGUGAGCGGCUAGCAAAUAGCAAUUCCCAAAGAUCCCGGAUACAAACGAAUCUAGCCUCAGCUCAGGCAGUCACUGCUGAUCCUAGCGGUUGAUAAUGUCCUCUGGUUACAUGGUAGAUGUUCUUUUUCAGGGUAUGGGCCAAACAAGGGAGCUGAGGAAAGCCUGAAACAAACCAAAUACUGUGAAGGUGUCCAACAUUUAUUUUCCCAUAGCUCAGAGAGGAAGUGUAACCAAGGGAUUGAGACCGAAGCAGUUCAAUGGAUGAAAACAUUGCAUGGACUGUAGAUUGAAAGAGGAAGUACUUCACCCUCUCAGAUUUUUGCUUUCCGUCUCUGCUUGUCCAGCCCUUCAGGCCCCUCUGCCUGUUAUUUUGUUUCUUGUAAGAGGUGCGUGAUAACUUGAUGCAGAGAUGACAGCAAGACUGUGGAAUAAGCAAGAGUGGUAACUGAGAACAGCAGUGACGUGAAUUCUUACAUCCGUAGGCUACCCACUGGAAUAUCUAAGUAUUAGCUAAUCAAGCAACAACAAUCCAUCUACCUUGGACACAGACUAACAACUAUGAGCACUUUCAGACGCUCAUGGAGGAAGUGACUGACUCUGCCAGACCGCAAUUUGACGAGGAUAGUCUCUUUGCCCUUGUGUAGAGUUUAAAGUGUCAGAAGUCCUUCAACAUCUGUCACUACAGCCCAACUAAGGGGGAAAAACACAUUUCUGCACUGGACUGGUAGAAAGAACUUAGGUGAACCUGUGAGUCUGAAUAUGGUGCUGCAAUGAACUAGGAAUCCCCUACUGGAGUUAGUGGGAGGAACUGGAACUGAGGUGAAACCCAGAACUAACCGAGGCCUUAGCACGACAACGGAAUGCCAUGUACUAAACUGGAAAUGCGCUUGAUUUAACUGCAUUUGGGAAGACUGGAAACUGUUCCUGUGGAACGGCAUUUAUUGGGAGAGGAUUACUGAAACCAACAGCACUGUCUGCAGAAAUGGCGGGCCCGGGAAAGGACUACAACCAUCUCUUCAAACUGCUCAUCAUUGGAGACUCCAAUGUAGGGAAAAGCAGUCUACUACUACGAUUUGCAGAUAACUCCUUCUCUGGCAGCUACAUCACUACAAUUGGUGUGGACUUUAAGAUCCGUACGGUAGACAUAGACGGGGAGCGAGUCAAACUGCAGAUCUGGGACACGGCGGGCCAGGAACGCUUCAGGACCAUCACUUCAACGUAUUACAGAAAUACCCACGGUGUGAUUAUUGUUUAUGACGUCACCAACCCAGAGUCGUUUGUGAACGUGAAGAGGUGGCUUAAUGAGAUCACUCAGAACUGUGACAACGUCUGUAAGAUCCUAGUGGGGAACAAGAAUGACGACCCCUCCAAGAAGCAGGUGGACUCCCAGGAUGCAAUGCAUUUCGGGGAGUCGGUGGGCGUCCGGGUAUUUGAGACGAGUGCCAAAGAAAAUAUCAACGUUGAAGAGAUGUUUAUGGCUUUCACUCACAUGGUCCUUCGGACAAAGAAGCAGAGUCAGAGUCGUGCAGAGAGAGAGCGGGAACGAGAGAAGGAAACGGUUGACAUCAACUCUCACAGACACAGAGAGAGGAGGAAGAGGGGGAAGAAGUGUUGCUGAGGGAGAAAGGGAGGAGAUUUUCUAAGAACAGGACAGACCAAUGGAGAGUCGAGCAUCCAAAGUCUGUCUGCGCUCAUGUGGAAAGAGCCAGGACAUUACAUGUUGACAUUGCACUGAGUCAAGAUUACAAGAGGUUAAGGACAGAGAACCACUGUUACGUGCCGAAUUUUUACCCUAGCAGUUAUUUUUUAUGAAUGUAUAUUAAUGUCAUUUUAUCAUUAAAAAGGAAACUGGAUCCCCAAAGUGUCAAACUGUUAUUAAAACCCCUAAUUUAGGAAAUACACUAAUGACUUCAAGUGACUAGAGUGAUGCAUCUGUCUUAUUUGUAAUGAAAAAGACUGUCGUGACAAAUAUAAUGUCUAAAUAAACUGAGCAAUAAAGUCAA